GUAAACUUCCGUUAACAUGUGAUUUUUACAAACUGAUUUGGUGCCAAAGCAUAAUGGAUAUCUCUAUUUUGACUAACCUAAAACAAAUAGUUUCCUCAACUCGACAACCCACCAGUGAAUAUGCUGAUCACAUCUCUGUGACAAAGUGCCCACUGAUUGGUCGAAUUCACUUUGUAAAAGACAAAUAUGGCAUCAUGCAGCUUGGGUUUGUUGUAUGGUAUUGGAUAUAUGGAACGUUCAUUCCUUUGUUUAUUGUGCUCAUACCAGGAUAUCAUGAUGGAUACAUUUCUGGGAUAUUUAUAGCUGUCUAUCUGUAUAUAUCUGCAAUGUGUCUCACUUCGCUGGCUCGAGCUGCAACGUUGAAUCCUGGCAGAAUACCACUCAUCAGCGAUGACACUGUUUUAGAUGAGGCAGACGUGACGUUUUGUAAAGUGUGUAACCGAAAGCGACCAGCAAGGGCACACCACUGUAGACGAUGUCGCCAGUGUGUCAUGCGAAUGGACCAUCACUGUCCUUGGAUCAACAAUUGUGUAGGGGCAGAUAACCACUAUGCAUUUUUCCUACUGCUGCUCUAUUCAUUUUUGCUGUCGUUUCUGGCCUUCGUGUUGUGCAUGUUACAUUUCUGGGUGUACCCAAAGUGCAAGAGUUGUGAUCCAGAAGUGUUUUACAUGAAACACAGUAUCUGGUUCAUGUAUCUCAUGACUGGCUUAGCCUUCAAUAUGGCUAUGAUGAUGGGAAUCCAGCUGGUGGGACAGCAUUUUAAUCUGAUUACAAACAGAACGACUUUGGAAAAUAUGCAAAGAACUCCAAAUCCUGAAGAGAUGAAAUUCCGAGACACCUUGGACAGUUACAGAGAUCUAUUUGGAGGUAACUCCAGCAGUUGGAUGAUCUGUUGGUUAUGUCCCUUCCGACACCGGAGGUCAUCUGUGUACAGACCACGCCACGUCAGUCCAGUAUAGAGACCAGUCUCACCACAUCUACCAGCUUGUCUGUGAUUUCAUAAUCUGCUGACUAUUAAUUUCUUACAACUCUCUACAAUUUUACUUAUGGGCAUAGUUUAUCUUUUUAAUAUGUUGGUAACAAUUAUUUUCAAAUAUAUGCAAUAAAUUAGAUAUUUUUAUGAUUGAUUUGUAAGCUAUGUCCUGUUGAAAGUGACAAACAUAAGAGAUCUCAUCUUGAAAGAUACUAUAUAUUUUGUAUGAUUGUUUUUUUUUUUUUAAAUUCAUUUUAUUAUCCAGAAAAGUAUCAAAAUUUAAAUUUGUUACUGAACACUGGUAUAUAUUUUAUAUUAUUUCAAAUAUUUAUUUGAAAAUAACCCUCCUAACAUAUUAAGUGUACUCACAUGUUUUCUUACACACCCAUUGGUGAGAACAGCAUUAGUUUUGAUAACACGUGGGUUGUUGUGUUAACAAUUUCAAGACAUACGACUGGCUGCUCAGCAGUCAAUGAAAAACAACACGGUGGAAAUAGAUUACACUGUGACGUAUACAAUGUAGUUAACCUGAUAAUCAUGUCUGUGGCGCAUAAGUUGGCUACAAGUGCAAUGGCUGUAAAUAACUUUUAGUCGAAAAAGAUGUUAAAAUUUGCUUAAAACCUGGUUUUUGAGGAUAUGUAAGAAAUGGAAUAAUACAUUUGUGUCUGUUAG